AGCCGAGAGGAUAACAUGCAAAACCCAAACAAAGCUUGCCAGGAACCUCUCCUUCUCCUUCCCAUGGAGCUCGUCCUCCCUCCCUUCCCUUCCCUCCUCAUCAAAUCUCACCACCUCCCACCGCAGCUGCCCUCUCGGCCCCGCCAUGGCCGCCACCAAGAACCCAUCAUGGCACUCGCCCAAGCUCCGCCCUUCACACUUUCGCUUCAAGAAACGGGGAGCGCCCAUAUCCCCCACCGCGCCCGGCCCUUCCAAGAGCCAAGGCCCCACCAGCCCAGCUCUUCCGCUCGCAGGGAGCCCCGGUUUGUCUCGGAGACCAAGCUCAUUUCGUUUCAUUCCUCCGCGGGGCGUCUGGGCGACGCUCGCACAGUGUUCGACGGAAUGAGCCACAGGGACCUGCUCACCUGGUCGGCCAUGAUCGGUGCGUACGCCACCAGGGGCAUGUUCGACGAGGUCCUUGCGCUUUCGGUGAGCAUGAUCAGGGAAGGGGUGCUCCCUGACAGGUUCUUGAUCACUCGGAUUUUACAGGCAUGUGCGUACGCCGAGGACCUGGAGCUUGGGAGCGCACUGCAUUCCAUGGCUAUCCGGAGAGGGUUUAUGGGGAGUGUGAAGGAUGCACCUGUCGGGAACUCGGUGCUGGUGAUGUAUGUCAAAUGUGGAGAACUGGGGCGUGCACGUGGGGUGUUUGAGAAGAUGAGGCGCCGGGACCUGGGCACAUGGAACUCCAUGAUUUUUGGGUGUUGCCGGUCUUGCGAGUGGGAGGAAGCCCGAAGGCUUCUCGAGGAUAUGAGGCAUCAAGGCACAGAGCCGGGGGUUGUCACAUGGAAUACAUUGAUUUCCAGCUAUGCUAGGUCUGGGGAUCUUGAUGUGGCUGUGGAACUGCUGGAACAGAUGGAAGAGUCUGGGGUAGAACCAGACGUUGUCACAUGGACUAGCCUUGUGUCAGGUUUCGUUCAUAGCGAUAGAGGGGAUGAGGCACUGCACUGUUUUAUACGGAUGCGUCUUGCUGGAGUGGAACCAAAUGGCAUGACAAUUGCAUGUGCUAUAUCAGCUUGUGCGAGUUUGAAGCUAUUAGGCCAGGGAAGUGAGCUCCAUUGCUACGCUAUUAAGAUUGGGAGUGUAAACAACGUGCUCUCAGGAAACUCCUUGGUUGACAUGUAUGCUAAAUGUGGAGAAAUAGUAGCAGCAUCUAGAAUAUUUAGCGAGAUACCGGAGAAGGAUAUCUUCUCCUGGAAUUCAAUGGUUGCAGGGUAUGCACAAGCGGGAUACUGUGGCAAAGCGUAUGAACUCUUUUGCAAGAUGGAGGAUUAUGGGAUCCGGCGCAAUGUGAUAACCUGGAAUACAAUGAUAUCAGGAUAUAUACGGAACGGGGACGACGAGAGAGCUUUUGAACUAUUCCAGACCAUGGAAGGUUAUGGAAUUAAAAGGGACACAGCUUCCUGGAACAUACUCAUUGCUGGUUCAGUGCAUAAUGGAUACUUUGAUAGAGCCUUAACAAUAUUUCGGCAGAUGCAAUCAGCUGGGAUGAAGCCGGACUACAUUACAAUCCUAAGCAUCAUCCCCGCAUUCGCAAAUCUGGUUGCGGCUUGGAAAGUACGGGAGAUCCAUGCCUGCAUUUUUCACCACAACUUGGAAAUGGAUGGCAAAAUUGCAAAUGCACUUAUUAAUGCCUAUUCAAAAUCUGGUGAUCUUGCAGCUGCCUGUUCUGUAUUUGAUAGGCACCCCUCAAGGAACAUUAUUUCAUGGAAUUCUAUCAUUGUUGCACAUUUGAUCCACGGUUCUCCAACUCAAGUAUUGGAUCACUUCUUUGAAAUGAAGCAACACGGUGUCCUGCCAGAUCAUACAACUUUGACAGCUGUUAUCAAAGCGUACGGUAUGGAGGGUAUGGUAUCUGAAGGGAGAGAAAUAUUUCUCAAUAUGGAUAAAGUCUAUAAUGUAACUCCAGAUUUAGAUCAUUAUGCAGCAAUGGUGGAGCUUCUUGGACGGUCUGGGAGACUGCAAGAAGCAUAUGAAAUUAUUGAUGGGAUGCCACUCACACCCAAUUUUACAGUGUGGGAUGCAUUACUAACCUCAGCGAUAAUACAUGGAAAUGUAAGGCUGGCACAACUGGCGGCUACAGAAAUGUCAGUGAUUGAACCCAAUGAUCCUAGAAUCCAAAUGGUGCUUUCUAAUCUGCAGGAUCUAGCUGGAAAAUCUUUUGAUGUGCCAAAGGUGACGGUACACAACAAGGGAAGGAUGUUGGAUGAGGUUGAGAGUUGUUCAGUAGAAAUUAGAAAUAUGGUCUAUUUCUUCUCAACUGGUGAUAAUGUUGCCUCAGAGCAUCUAGUAGCUGAAUUAAAGUUGAUGAUGAUUCAUAUGGGACUCUCUAUGUCUGACAUUGGUAAUGGAACUCUAGAAGUCGAAGAAGAAAUGGAAGAAGUUGUGGGAUUCCAUUGCGAGAAACUAGCAAUAGCUCUUGCCAUUUCUGAUUCCCCUUGCUUCAGAAGCAUAAGGAUAAUCAAAACUGCAAGGAUGUGUAACCAUUGUCACACCUUUGCUAAGUUAGUUUCAGAGAAAUAUGGGCGUCAGAUACUGAUCAAGGAUCCUAGGUGUUUGCACAAGUUUGAGAAUGGGAAUUGCUCUUGUGAAGAUUAUUGGUGAAUUCAAUGGGUAUAAGUCAGCUGGGCCCAAGAGGCUGCAGGUGGCUAGACUGAGAGUUCUAGGUACAAGAAUAGAGACAGCUAACUUCAUGAACAGGGAUUGUUCAUAAUGUUUUAGAUCACACACCCUAGCAGCUACACCUGUCUUUGAAUUUAAUAGACACUAAAUUUCUCUUCGACCGUUGGUAUAAAGUUCACACUUGGUGGUUAGCCUUUCCAGGAAUUCUAUCUUUUAUUGUUCUGGUAUCAUAAAAGCAAAGCCAGAUGAUACACACUCCCAGCAUUACUGACUUCAUUGUGGACGAAAUGGUACAGCAGAUCACUGCAAGUGGUUGCUCAAGACCAUCAUUUUUGGACACAUUCUGGCAUAUGCGUAUGAUUAAAGGUGUUCAUAGAUAAUCUUCAGCUUGGACGCAUUAAUGGGGCAAUAUCACCUUCUUGAGUGUAUCGAAGAUCCUUCUUGUAGUCUUCAUUUGGCCCCACUGCCGGAGAUAGAAACAACCUGCAAAGGUUUGCUUAGUACCAUACCAUAAGCCUUAGUGACACAGAAUUAGUUAGGCUACAUUAGUUGAUCCAUUUAAUACAAAAUCAAUACUUAUGUUGCCCCUUAUUUCUCUCUUCCUGUGAUGACACAGUUCAGUACAAAUUAUUUUUGAGUAUAUCAUGCCAAACUGACCUACUAAAUUCAAGCCAAAGAAUGUACACACGUAUGUAGCAAUCUUUGUAAAUUAUAAAAGGGAUGCAGAAUGCACUUGGUGACACAGAAAGUAGAACUGAGGGUUCUGUAUAAGUUCUUGCAUAACAUGUGUUCCAUGGAAUCAUGUGGUGCUUUUUUUAUGUUGCUUUUGAUUCGAGCUAUACUGUAUGACCCUUGUGUUGUAUGAAUGAUCAGAGUGCUAACUUGGUCUCUAGCACAGAACCAUGUCCCUUUAUAAAAGGUGAAUUGGCUA